CGCGCCUCCGCCACCAUGGCUCAGCAGUUGUGCUCGCCGCUCGCAGAAUCCUGGAUCCUGGGUCCAGAUCGGCAACCGCCGCCGCUGCCCUCUGACAGGGACAGCACCUGUUUCCCUGCCUGGUCCCCGAACUCAUGGGUCAGUCCCCGGGCCGGCAGCUCCCUGCCGCCCUGCUCUCGCCCCGCCAGGCGUGCAGGGACCCCGGGGAAGCGUGGGGCACAUGGCGGCCGACUAGGCAGUGUCCAGCGGCAAAGCGCCAGCGAGCGCGAGAAGCUGCGCAUGCGCACGCUCGCCCGAGCGCUGCACGAGCUGCGUCGUUUUCUGCCUCAAUCGGUGGCGCCGGCGGGCCAGAGCCUCACCAAGAUCGAGACGCUGCGCCUGGCCAUCCGCUACAUCAGCCACCUGUCGGCCGUGCUGGGCCUCAGCGAGGACAGCUUGCGGUGCCGGCGGAGCGCAGACGCGGCGUCCGCUCGCGGCUGCCCACUGUGCCCGGACAGCGGCCCGGCGCAGGCGCAGUCGCUCGGCCCCAUCUUGACCCCGACGGCCUGCAGCGGGUUGUCGAGGGGAUCCCUAUCUGCCUGCCCUAGACCCGGGGUAGCACCAGAGCCCUGCGACCCGUCGUUGCUGUACGCCGAGAUCGCGUCUCCGGAAAGGCAGGCGAUGGAGCCAAGCCCCUCGUCUCCGCUUUUCACCAGCAAUGUGCUGGCCCUGCUGGACACCUGGAUGCCUCUCUCGCUCCAGGAGUGGCCACCAUCCUGAAGAGUCCAAGGAACAACAAUGACAGGCGCCACAUCUGAGCACAGAGGCUUUGUGCCUCAGCACCUUGGAAGCGAAUUUUCUUCUCUGGAAGAGGCACCAGUGAUACUGCUGUAGACAUUCCAGAGUGGGAGCUGGUCCUCACCCGGGCAGUGGUACCUUCCCAACUCCGUGGAAGGAGGGACCCAUAUGAUAAAUUCUCUGAAGCAGGCAGGAAGCUCUGCCUGGUGUGUAUUUAUUUGUGAAUAAACCAUUUCUGCUGGUGUCA